UGGAAGAGGUCCAGAAGACUUCAGCAAAGGAAAGCCAGAGACCUGUUUAUCCAUUUGCCGCUAUAGUAGGACAGGAUGAGAUGAAACUAUGCCUUUUACUAAACGUGAUUGAUCCCAAGAUUGGGGGUGUUAUGAUCAUGGGUGACAGAGGAACUGGGAAAUCCACAACAGUGAGGUCCUUGGUUGAUUUACUGCCUGAAAUCAAGGUAGUAACUGGUGAUCCUUACAACUCAGAUCCUGAAGACCCAGAAUCGAUGGGUAUGGAGGUUAGAGAGAGUGUUAUGAGAGGGGAUCAACUGCCUGUGAUGCUGACCAAGAUCAACAUGGUUGAUUUGCCAUUGGGUGCUACAGAAGACCGGGUUUGUGGCACAAUCGAUAUUGAGAAAGCCCUAACUGAGGGUGUAAAGGCAUUUGAGCCAGGCCUUCUUGCUAAAGCUAAUAGAGGAAUUCUCUAUGUUGAUGAAGUUAAUCUUUUAGAUGACCAUUUAGUGGAUGUUCUUUUGGAUUCUGCUGCCUCAGGAUGGAACACAGUAGAGAGAGAAGGUAUCUCGAUCUCGCAUCCUGCCCGGUUUAUCCUAAUUGGGUCAGGCAAUCCCGAAGAAGGGGAGCUCAGGCCACAGCUACUUGAUCGAUUUGGAAUGCAUGCACAAGUUGGGACAGUAAGGGAUGCAGAACUAAGAGUGAAAAUUGUUGAAGAGAGAGCAAGAUUUGACAGAAAUCCAAAGGAAUUCCGAGAUUCUUACAAGGCUGAACAAGAGAAGCUCCAGCAACAAAUUGCUUCAGCUAGAAGUUUUCUCUCUUCAGUGCAGAUUGAUCAUGAUCUAAAAGUGAAAAUCUCCAAAGUUUGUGCGGAGCUCAAUGUGGAUGGAUUGAGAGGAGACAUAGUGACUAAUAGGGCUGCGAAAGCUCUUGCUGCUUUGAAAGGCAGAGAUAAGGUAACAGCAGAAGAUGUUGCUACUGUCAUUCCGAACUGUCUGAGACACCGUCUCCGGAAGGAUCCCUUGGAGUCAAUUGACUCAGGUCUUCUUGUGAUUGAGAAAUUUUAUGAGGUUUUUAGUUAAGAGAGUUGACUUGUGCAAUUUUUGCUGGUCUAUGUGUAAUUCCUUUUAACUGGUUUUCUUUCUGCUGAUCUCCUCCUACUCCGCUCAAUUUUUGCAAAUAUAGACAAUAUUCAUGUUACCAUUUGGUUAAGUA